UUCUUUUAUUUUUUUAUAUCAUUGUUUUAAAAACUCAUUCAAACAUUUUUUUUGUUAAUAUUGACAUAUAUUAUUUUACAUUUUUUAAAGACCCUGAACAAUAAAUUUAAAUAAAAUUAACUUAAAUAAAAGUGCUUUGCAGAUAGAAAUUAUAGAUAUGGCUGGGUAUAGAAGGGCUUAUUCAAUAAACGAAGAUAAUUUAAUUCUUGAAUUGAUAGUGAAGGGAAAACUUUAUUAUCAAACGAGAGGAACAAUACUCUGGAAAGAUCUGGCUCAGGGUGGAUUCUUUUGUCAGGACAGGACAUGGAUGAGCCUGCAAAAUCGCUUUGAGAAAAAAAUUUUACCUGAUAUUACAAAUCCUAGAUAUACAUUAUCUUCAGAGGAAAAACAGAAAAUUUGUAAAGCUUGGAAGCAAACAGCUGAUAACUUCAACCCAGAUACGGAUUUCAGUAGUGAUGAGGAUUCCCUGGAUUGUCCCAUAACAACAACGAAGGAAUACUUAUAAUGGCUGUAGUAUUGAUAGAGUUUAUACUUUUUCAGAUAUGUAAGAUAAUAUUUUUUGUAAAAUGUGCAUUAAUGUAAAUUGUAAAUUUUGUACACAUAUUUCUUAAUAAUUAUUAAAUAUU